AUUGCCGCGGAGGGCGCUGGAAGACGCUACCCCGGCAGCAGCGCUCAGUCCGCGUCAGCUCCCGCCGCAGCCAUGGCCCUGCUGCAGCCCGCCCGCCUCCUGCUCUCCGCCGCGGCCCAGCGCCACCUCUGCCUGGCCCCCGGCGCGGCCAGAGCCAGCUCCUGGUGGUCUCAUGUGGAGAUGGGACCCCCUGAUCCUAUUUUGGGGGUGACUGAAGCCUAUAAACGAGACACCAACGCUAAGAAGAUGAACCUGGGUGUUGGGGCAUACCGGGACGAUAACGGGAAGCCAUAUGUCCUGAACAGCAUCCGCAAAGCGGAGGCCCAGAUCGCUGCUAAGAAGAUGGACAAGGAGUACUUACCCAUUGCAGGGCUGGCGGAGUUCAAUAAGGCAUCAGCUGAGCUGGCACUGGGUGACACCAAUGAGGUUAUCAAGAGUGGCCGGUAUGUCACUGUGCAGACAAUUUCCGGGACUGGGUCUCUAAGAGUUGGAGCCAGUUUCUUGCAACGAUUCUUCAAGUACAGCCGUGACGUGUACCUGCCCAAACCAUCCUGGGGCAACCACACCCCCAUUUUCAGGGAUGCUGGCAUGCAGCUCCAUGCCUAUCGCUACUAUGAUCCCAAGACCUGCGGCUUUGACUUUGCUGGAGCCUUGGAUGACAUUUCUAAAAUUCCCGAGCAGAGUGUCAUUCUCUUCCACGCCUGUGCUCACAACCCCACUGGUGUGGACCCCCGACCAGAGCAAUGGAAGGAGCUGGCUGCUGUGGUGAAGAAAAGGAAUCUCUUCGCAUUCUUUGACAUGGCGUACCAGGGCUUUGCCAGCGGGGACAUAAACCGGGACUCUUGGGCUGUGCGUCACUUUAUUGAGCAAGGCAUUAAUGUUGUUCUGUCUCAGUCCUAUGCCAAGAAUAUGGGCCUUUAUGGGGAGCGUGUGGGUGCCUUCUCAGUGAUCUGCAAGGAUGUGGAUGAGGCCAAGAGAGUGGAAUCCCAGCUGAAGAUCCUGAUCCGCCCCAUGUAUUCAAACCCACCUAUCAAUGGGGCUCGUAUUGCCACCAUCAUCCUGACGAGUCCUGACCUGCGGAAGGAAUGGCUGGAAGAGGUGAAGGGGAUGGCUGACCGGAUCAUUGACAUGCGCAACCAGCUGGUGGCCAACCUCAAGAAAGAAGGCUCCUCCCACAACUGGCAACACAUCACCGACCAGAUCGGCAUGUUCUGUUACACGGGGCUGAAACCUGAACAGGUGGAGCGACUAACCAAAGAAUUCUCCAUAUACAUGACAAAAGAUGGCCGGAUCUCCGUGGCAGGGGUCACAUCUGGUAACGUGGGUUACCUAGCUCGUGCAAUACACCAAGUCAGCAAGUAAACACAGUGGAGCAGACGGCCUACCUAUCAACGGUCUUUGGACUUUCUGAAUCAAGAGGAAGGGGAAGUGCAUUUGGGGGGAUUGGGGAACACACAAUAUUUUCUUUCAACCACAGCACUUGAUUCUGUCAUUUAAUGUAGUUCGUGUGCAAGGCCGCAGCUAGCGCCAUCAACGCAUUGUAUCCAGAGCCACCUGCCCUUUCUGACAGAGAUGUCACUGCUUCCUGCUCCUCUCUUCAGAAGUAGCUUCUCGCAUUAUGCACCCUCUCCCCUACACCGGUACCCAUCAGGCUUUAAAUGUCUUGGCAGAAUUAGUGCAUGUAGAAUGAUAGAACUCUGCCCAAGAGGACUGGGCGCUGAGAGGCGUCUCUGUGUCCAUCCCUUACUUGGGAGGGGAGAAGGCUUCAUAACAUAGUUCAGUUACUGUUUUUAAAUGAGCUGGAACAGGAUCAAGACCUCGAAGGAGAUCAAGUAACGUGUCACUGCAUUCAUGUCAACAGGGAAACCUGUCCUUAUACACUGGUGGGGGUAGAGCAACAGCUGGAGCUGUGGGACCAGCACAGCUCUACAGUCUAGUUGUGCCACAUGGCCGCUUGUUUUACUCAUGUCAUUCGAGGAGGGCCACUGAAAACGCUGUAGGUAAAUGACGGUUUUGGGGUCUGCUCCUCAUGGGUGGCAGGUGGAGCCCCCAUUCACUUCCCCCUCCGUGGCUGGAGCCCUGAGCCCCCCACCCAACCUGCUUGGAGGAGCCCUGGGCUGGCGCAUGUAGUGCAGUUUGUGCCACUACAGCCACCCCUCCCUCC